AAUAAAAACCUUUUAAAAUCAUCAGCGAUAGUGAUGCAACCUUGCAUAUUAUCACUCUCCUACUCACACCAGUGUAGUAGGUGGAACACAGAGUCUCAUGUCAUCAUCUGAGGUAAAGAUGAGGAAUGGCAGGACAAACAGGUGACUCACUUUAAUGGAUCUGCUUCAGACAAGAGAAACCUGUAAUUUCUCUCAGGUGUGCUUGACGGACCCACUGUGGAGUGAAUCACACACUUACACAAGCCUUGAAGCUGUGGGCAGCUAUACUGUUGUCAGAUUGGCUUCUUACAAUAGGCGGCUGGUUCUCACCAGGGCCUCCCGGACUUCCCUUCCAAAAGAUGAAAAAGAUGGGUCAUGGCCACUGAAGGAAGACUGUGGGGGGCACCAGUGUGGGCACACGUGAUGCCGGGGCAUGAUGGUAGGAACUCAGUGCCAACCUGCCAGCUGGGUGAUUCUCCACCUCCCGGCUGCUAGAUCUACUUCCUGGAUUCCGUUAAGAUCCUAAUGUGUGAAAAUGAAGUCCCAGGCUACCAUGAUUUGCUGCGUAGUGUUUUUUCUGGCUACAGAAUGUUCCCACCAUAGACCCAAGAAUCAUAUAAAAGAUAGAGCAAAACCUCAAAACUUUGAAGGGAAACCUGAGACCGGAAGGAUACAAGAGAAAUGUCAUGAACCUUGCCUUUCCUCUACCAACUGCAGCCAACCCUGUGCUAAGCACUUUCAUGGAGAAAUAGGAUUUAUAUGUCAUCAAAAAAAGUGGCAAAAAUCAACUGAAACAUGUACAAGCCUUUCUGUGGAAACACUUUUUAAGGACUCAAAUGUGGCAUUACGUCUUUCUGUAGCAGCACCUUCUAUACCUCUACCCAUUCUAGACUUUCAAGCUCCAGAGCCUGUUAAGAGUGUAGCUCAAAGAAUCUGCAAGAAUUGCCCUCAUGAUUAUGCUUGCAUCAUUGAUGUUGUGAAAUCCUCAGAAACUACAUCUGGAAAUAUUGCAUUUAUAGUGGAGUUAUUGAAAAAUAUUUCUACAGAUUUGUGUGGUGGUGUUACCCGGGAGAAAAUGAAGAGCUACAGUGAAGUGGCCAACCACAUCCUGGAUACAGCAGCCAUUUCAAACUGGCCUUUCAUUCCUGACAAAAAUGCCAGCUCCAAUUUGUUGCAGUCAGUGAAUUUGUUUGCGAGCCAACUCCGUAUCCACAAUGAGUCUGAGGACAUCGUGGAUGAACUCUUCAUUCAGAUGAAAGGCUUUCACAUCAAUCACAACAGCACAAAGAGAAGUUUCAAUUUCUCCAUGAGCAUGGAUAAUACAACAGAAAGCAUCUUAGGAAUGAUAGAAAUUCCCAGGCAAGAGCUACAGAAACUGCCACCAGGGAACACAUCCCGAGCCAUUAGCAUAGCUUUUCCAACCUUGGGGGCCAUUCUGAAAGAACCCCACUUGCCAAAUGAGAGUGUUUCCAGACCCAUCAAUGGUCUGGUCCUUUCAGUCAUUUUGCCAGAAACGAUGAAGGAAAUCUUAUUCACCUUUGAAAAAGUCAAUAAAUCCCGAAGUACCAGGGCACAGUGUGUUGGCUGGCACUCCCAGAAAAGGAUGUGGGAUAAGAAUCAGUGUAAGAAGAUGGUGGAUACCAUGGACAAAGUGAAAUGCCAUUGUAACUAUACCCAUGUGAUGAUGUCCUUUUCCAUCCUAAUGUCCCCCAAAUCUGUGAGUGACAAAGCCCUGGACUACAUCACUGGCAUUGGACUCAGCAUCUCAAUCCUUAGCUUGGUUCUUUGCCUGAUCAUUGAAGCAACAGUUUGGUCCCGUGUGGUUGUGACAGAGAUAUCAUACAUGCAUCAUGUGUGCAUCGUGAACAUAGCAGUGUCGCUCCUGAUUGCUAAUGUGUGGUUCAUCAUAGGCUCUAACUUUACCGUAAAGUCCCAGGAAGACAACUGGUGUGUCACAGUGACAUUUUUCAAUCACUUUUUCUACCUCUCUCUGUUUUUCUGGAUGCUCUUCAAAGCACUGCUCAUCAUCUAUGGAAUAUUGGUCAUUUUCCGUAGGAUGAUGAAGUCCCACAUGAUGGUCAUUGGUUUUGCCAUUGGCUACGGGUGCCCGCUGGUUAUUGCUGUCACCACAGUUGCUAUCACAGAGCCACAGAAAGGCUAUGUGAGACGUGAUGCUUGUUGGCUUAACUGGGAUAAUACCAAAGCCCUCUUUGCAUUUGUCAUCCCAGCCUUGGUCAUUGUGGCUGUGAAUCUCCUUGUGGUUUUGGUUGUUGCUAUCAACACUCAGAGGCCCUCUAUUGGCAGUUCCAAGUCUCAGGAUAUGGCCAUAAUUAUGAGGAUCAGCAAAAAUGUGGCCAUCCUCACCCCAUUGCUAGGACUGACCUGGGGUUUUGGAAUAGUCACUCUCAUAGAAGAAACUUCAUUGAUAUUCCAUAUAAUUUUUGCUCUGCUCAAUGCUUUCCAGGGUUUCUUCAUCUUGUUGUUUGGAACCAUUAUGGAUCACAAGAUAAGAGAUGCUUUGAGGAUGAGAAUGUCUUCUCUGAAGGGGAAAUCGAGGGCAGCGGAGAAUGCAUCAUUAAGUCCAACCAAUGGAUCUAAAUUAAUGCAUCGAUGAGGGUAAAAUGAUGCCCAUUUCUCACUGUUGUCCUGGGUCCUGGGGCUGAGAGGUGAGUUCCAGAAGAAGAAUGCAUGGGAAGUGGUAUGGAAUGAGGAGGAACAGCCACCGUGUGUUGGAGGACUUUUUCCUCUUGCCAGGAGUGACACCUAAGCUGAGGAGAAAUCGAAGAUGCCAUGUGAUGAGGAGACUUUAAAAUGGCUGAUCUACUGACUCUUUGACUCAUUCGUGGCCUGCAAAAGUCUGGCUUCUUGUCACCCUUGGCAAGAUGAAAGAAACCUGCAAACCAUCUUGUGGCCUCUGUGACAAGUCUGGGGCUGGUGGGACCUUGCUGGGUGUGGGCUGCUCUCAUUUCCAAGGCUACCUCCUGGCUCCCUGACUCAGUCACCCCUCCCUCUGCAUAAUCCUGAGGGACAGGGGUUAGAUCCAAUUUCAGGAGCAGGGUUGGGAGUAUGAGUGUGAUGUUGGAUUGUCAAGACAAAUACUGAAUAUACUUUGGAAAUGGCUUAUUCAUGGCAGGUUUCAUAAAGAUAAGAAACAAAACAAAAGAAAGCUAUUUAAUGUGUUUAUUAUUUAAGUCUAUUUUAGACCUUGAAUGAGAUAAUUUACCUUUUAGGAUCUCAGUUUCCUUAGUUGCCUGUUUGUACAACAGGCAAAAUUCUUGUAGACAGUACAUUGUAUUUGUGUACCUGCACACAAGUGUGCGUGUGUGUGUUUAUGUGUUUGUUCAUGUGCAUAUUUUAACCAUUAUAUGUAAAGAAAAAUUCUGGUUGCUAUUUUAGGAAUA